AUGGCCGACAGAGAAAAAACACAAGACGAGGUCGACAAAAGAACCCAACCCGCCAGCGAACGAACUUCGAUGACGAUUACUGUGCCACCUCCCCCUGAGAACUUUCCUCAAUUUUCGCAAAAUGAAGCCAAUGGAAUGCAAAGUGAAGAGAAUGCUGUUUCUGGCCAUCUCGCCAAAACCCCUACUCAAGAGUUUGCGAAAUUCAAUAGACAAGUCCAUGCCAGCGGCAGCGAGGUCGACAAAUCGCCAAAGCAGUUGAGCGGAACUGGAAAUGGAAAUGGAAAAGAGAUGGAAACUAAGUCAUCCACCGAUGCUCAUGGUAACAGAGUCAAGGUCGGACCACUUACCAAGAAGAAGAAUGGUAUCAAGGAAAAGAAAGGCCGCAGAUUCCCGUUCCAGAGGUAUCAGCAUUGCUCUACAAAAGACGUCGACAACGAUAAUAUCGAAACUGACGAUGAAGAUGGAGAUGAAGAUAAACACGAAAAUGGAGAUAAACACGAAUAUGGAGAUGAGAAUGAAGAUUACGAUGGACCAAGUAUAUCUUUGUGUAAGCGAAUCUUUCUGGGCUUCAGCAGAAGAAAAAAUAGAAAGUUUAAUGAAUCAGAGGUGUUGGAAUUUCAUAAGUCAAGCGCCUCGGGCAAUAUUCUCAGGGCCGAGUCCAACUCCAGAGAUCCAGCAGCCACCUCCCAUCUGAAUGGUAUGAAAAGCAACAAUGCCAGAGAAUCGGAGAGACUUAGUGAAGGUCCGGAAGAGAUGCAUACGGGCAUCAUUAGACCUGAUCCAGAUUUUGUCACUGAAGUGUUGUACUCAGAGGAAAGGGCCCCCCCAAAGAUCAUUCAAAUUGAACCUGUGGAUAGAAAUAUCACUAUCAUACACAAGAUGGUUAAGGAACUUCCCGAGGAACCGGAAUUGUCAACAUUGAAGUCGAUACGCCACAAGCUCUCUUCAUUGGCAGAGAGGCUUAAUCCUCUAAGAAGAUGGAGUCAAUCUGGGAAAGAGAAUGAAGCAAGAAUGUCCCUAAGACACAGUGAAGCAGAGCUGGGCGUAUUCACCAGAGAUAAAUUCGGGGAGAAUGCUGAAAGAGAGGUUGUAAAUGAUCAUACAAAUCGCACCGAAGAUCUCGAAAACCAGACCAAUCGAACGACCAAUAAAUCCGGCACAAGAGACUCUGCGCACAAUAUCAAGCGAACCAGCAGCUCGGGACAAAAUUCCGAAGAGAUGAUUCUGAACGCUGAUGCACGUGGCAUCAGAGAACUCGAAGCUGAAGUCAUCCGAAUGGCGAAUCCAGUCGACUGUGUACGAACGUGCUUCAUCUCCAAAUCCAAGUCUGUUAGAUCUGUUGAGCCAAUCAUAGAAGAAGCCUCAAAUGAGACAAGAGACGAGAAUGCUCCCCCAGAGAGUGCGCAAAGGCUUCAAGCUACACAGGAACCUAUCUAUUCAGGCCCUGAAGGCACAACCUUGAGAAGACGUCCCAGGGUAGAGAGAUUACGCCAUAAAUUCACUGAUUCUAUUGACGAAGUUGUCAAUCCAAACGAAACGCAUCAUCUAAUGCCAGAUGUUGGCAUGCAAGGCUCUUCUGCGUCGAGUGGGUUUUUGGAAACUAUCACCACCAGUAAUUCCAUUGGCCCCAACAACGGAGUCAUUCAAUCGCAAAAAGCUCCAGCUCUAAUCGCAGGAGUAGCCGAUAACUCUAUUCAAGACGACGUCGAUUUUGGAACCCCUCUUCGUCGCUAUUCUAGUCAUGAGCCCUCUGCCGAAGAACCUCGGGACACAGAAAGCGGCAUGGACGUCAACCAACAUCAAAGAGCCACCACCAUGAACUGGGAAAGUGGUACGAGCAUUGACCAACAAAUCCAUCGCGAGACUUCCAUGGCAGUAGUUCCAGCUCCAGGAGAACUCCGAGAGUUUUGCAUCCUAGAGAACUAUAUUUCAACAAUAGCCGUCAUUAAUGAAGAUUGCUAUCCAGAAGUCCAGCGUAUUCGUAGCGCUUUGAAGCGAUAUAACACCAAAAUGAAGAUCAUCAUAGAAAGCGACCUUGAGAACGAUUCGGAAGCCAGUCAAAGAUCCAACUCCGAUCCGCCAAGCCUCACGGAUAGCACCAACACCUCAGAGAGCAGUAUGAGCGACCAGCAGCAAUCUUCUUGUGGGGUCUCCAGAUCGAAUGCCAUCAGAAGAAAACGUCGAUCGAUGAGUUUCGAACCAUACAAUGAUGAACUCAUGGAUGAUGGAAUGGGAGAGGCAACAACCUGA